AUAGGAACGUGUAUAGAUGAUAACAACUAUGAACUCAUUGACCUUCUUGGCUUGGGCGCAUAUGGUGCUAUCUACUUGGCACGCCAUACGCUCACACAGAAGAUGUACGCUGUCAAAUGUUUGAGUAAAGUGGGCCUCAAUGAACGCCAAUUAGAAUUUCAGCUCCGUGAAAUCCGGCUGCAUGCUCAAGUGGCAGUCCAUCCCAAUGUUGCUUCUUUGGAAAAAAUCGUCGACACCAGCGACUGCUUGUAUAUUGUUCUAGAAUAUUGUCGGGAAGGAGACCUUUUCUACACCAUCACAGAAGGACGAGGAUAUAUCAAUGAUCAUCAAGCCAUCAAAAGUGUCUUCCUCCAAAUCAUCGAUGCCGUCUCUUAUUUACACGCUAAGGGCAUUGCUCAUCGAGAUCUUAAACCAGAAAACAUCCUUGUUUUUGAUGGUGGUGUUAAGGUUAAGAUUGCCGACUUUGGAUUGGCUACAACAGAGGCCAUCUCUACUGAUUUUGGAUGCGGCAGCACUUUUUAUUUUUCUCCUGAAUGUCAAGGUGGCCUAUACAAGAAACUAAGAGCUUAUUCUACCAAGCCAAAUGACAUUUGGUCUCUUGGCGUUAUUUUGAUUAACUUGGUCUGUGGUCGCAAUCCAUGGAAGCAAGCCAACGUUGAAGACGAAACAUUUAAUGCCUAUUUAAGGAAUCCCGAUUUCCUCAUGUCCAUACUACCCAUCUCCAAUCAAAUCAAUACGCUACUUAAGCGAAUUUUCUGUGUCGAUCCCAGCAAGAGAAUAGACAUCCAAGAACUACGU